AUGAGAACGUACCGUGCACUGCUGUGGCUGUGGCUCGCCAUCUCGCAGCACCCCUCCAUUACAUUAUGCCAUGACAGCAGCGCAGGUGAUACACGGAUUCGCGAUCGCGUCUGCGACUCGGAUUCGUGUCAUGACGGCGGUGAAAGCGAGAGGAGUCAUCUGGGGCUCGUCGACGUGAAUGACGUCUUUCCCCCAGACGGCGGUGUGCCGGAUGGAUUAGGCGAUUUUGAGACAGUCCGCAUCAGAUAUGGAACCAAUCUCAGAUCAGAAAACGGACUUUGGGAAGUGCGCCCGUCGCCAGGCAAAGGUCUCGGUGUUUUCGCGCGGCGCAAGAUCCUCAAGGGCACACGCAUAAUAGAGGAGGCGCCGCUCUUCACCGUUGACCCGGGCAGCCUCGUAAACGGCCAGGGCUUUGCAUUUGACUCCAUUGCCAAGGCUGUUGAUGAGGCCUUCGCGUCCCUGAACGCGACGGCGCAGGCGGCGUACCUGUCUUGCCCGGAGCACCGGGACGCCGACGACGCGGCGUUCAGCCGGGAGGCACUCAUUUUCCGAACAAACGGAUACACAAUGACUAGUGGGGCGAUCGGCAUCUUCCCCCUUGUGGCAAAGGCGAACCAUGCGUGCCGGCCGAAUGCCGCGGGCGUGUCUCUUGAGAGAAAGAGAAUCGUCUGGGCCGGGAGAGAUAUUGACGCUGGAGAGGAGGUCACAGUUACAUACGCCCCGCUUGCGGAGACUACAGAGACGAGGAGGGCGAGACUGGCGCAAUGGGGGUUCCGGUGUAGUUGCGAGACUUGCACGGCUAGAGACAACGGUGAAGGGGAGGCGGACGACUUGAAGCGGAUGGAGAUGAAGAGGUUGAUGGGACUGAUAGAACAGGAGUUGGGGAGGGACUCGUUCGGUGGUGAUGUGCUGCCUCAUGCAGAAGAGCUGGUGAAGCUGGUAGAGGAGGUGGGACUAGUGGACUACCUCAGCAAGGCAUACAAAUACGCAGCAUAUGCAGCGUCACGAACUGGGAAAUUUGGAGCGGCGAGGAGAUGGGCGAAAAAGGAGUUCAAGGUACACGAAAUCGCGGAUGCCGAGUCGGUGGCACCGGAUGGCCUGGAGCAAAUAAGGUGGUGGAGGCUCCGUAUACAAUGGUCGGGAACGGAGGCCCCGUCCAGUCUUCGGCGACCUCUUUACUUUCCUGCUUCGGUGAUGACGUCCAUAGCCUCUGAAUCUGUCGCAACAAUCCUCUGCACCAGCAAGCAGACGAGAUUCAACAUUCAGAAUGCAGAUUACCGCGAGUUGGAUGUUGAUGGCCUGCACAUUACCGUCACCUCCGGUAGCAAAUCCGGCGCCAAAGGCAAGGCCAAGGCUCGGACUGAAGGGACUGAGAUCCUAGUCGACGCUAAGCUGCAUCUCAAGGCGGGCCAACGGUACGCCCUCGUUGGAAGGAAUGGUUCCGGCAAGUCCACCCUGCUCAAGGCCAUCGCUCAGAAGUUGAUCCCUGGUAUCCCGGAGGCAUCGCGGAUAUCUAUACUUCAACAAACGGAUGCCGGUGACGCCAACUCGGAUAUCCGGCCCGAGUCUGGCUCUGCCGAAGGGGCCCAGACUGAGUCCGCUCAAGGCCUCAGCGUGCUGGAGCAUGUCAUUGAACAGGCAACUGCCCGCUCUGACCCAUAUGGACCGGUGCGAGCUGUUCGCACCCUUCGUCACGAGAAAAACUUGAAGCAGCUGUUCCAAGUCGAUAAGAACGCGAGGUUGCGAAGUGGUGACCGCGGCCUGGCAGCUCGGAAGGCACUAAAAGCUUUUGAAAAGACUACCGCCGAGUCCAAGGCCUUGGCGGAACAACCCCAAGACGAGAUUUCGCCUGAUACCCUCAAGAAUGAGACGCAAGAGGCACUCGACAUGCUUGCAGACCUUCAGUUGCAGGUCGAGCCGUCAAAGGUUGCCGAGAUCGAGUCUAAAGCCAAACGAAUCUUGGCGGGUCUGGGCUUUUCGGAGGCCUACAUGUCGAAGGCAGUGUCGAGUCUCUCUGGUGGUUGGAGGAUGCGUACUGCGCUUUCCAUAUCGCUGCUUCAGGAAACAGAUAUCCUGAUUCUGGACGAACCCACCAACUUCCUCGAUUUGCUGGGCAUCAUUUGGCUUCAGCGUUACCUUGAAACUCUCCAAGAAGAGGACAACCCCCCCACGCUUAUCCUCGUAUCCCACGACAGAGACUUCAUUACACUCUGCACCGACCUUCUUAUUCUCAAGGACAAAGGCCUGACAUAUUUCCAUGGUGAUCUUCCGACAUAUGAAGCAUCGCAGUCGGAGCGCAAACUCUGGUUGACCAAGAUGAAGGACGCUCAGGACAAGCAGAAGGCCCAUAUUCAGCAAAGCAUCACCAACAAUGUCAAGGCAGGCAAGGCCAACGAUGACCAAAAUAAGCUCCGCCAAGCCAAAUCCCGCCAAAAGAAGCUUGACAACCGUUGGGGUCUUCAAGUUAGCGCAAAAGGUACUAGGUUCAAGCUCAAUCGUGAUCUGAUGGGUUAUCACUUGACCAGUCGUGAGGAAAUCGACAUUCCUCAAGAUGAGCGGCCUGUAUUUGUCGAUUUGCCCGAGCCUCCCGAGCUUCGAUUUCCUGGUCCUCUCAUUUCGGUAGAGAAUGUCACAUUUCGCUACCCGACGAAGACAAAGGGGAAGACACUGGCACCAGUCGUGCUGCAAGAUAUCAGCUUGUCUGUGCACAUGGGCGAUCGGGUUGGCAUCCUCGGGUUGAACGGCGCAGGCAAAUCCACUCUUGUGAAGCUCCUCGUCGAUGAGACUAAGCCUUCGUCGGGGUCAAUGACAACUCAUCCGCGGUUGAAAUUGGGAUAUUACUCUCAGCACGCCGUUGAGGCACUACAGAAAUUAGGUCGAGACGAUCCUUCAUUAACGGCCUUGUCCCUAUUGACGAAGGAAGUUGACGGGGAGUUGGAUGAGGGGCAGCUUCGUGGCAUCCUCGGCAGCCUGGGCUUGCCUGGUCGAAUUGCCUCUGACACGCCUGUGGUCAAGUUAUCCGGCGGUCAACUUGUGCGGUGCGAGCUUGCACGUAUUCUUUGGCGAAGACCUCACUGUCUCAUUCUCGACGAGGUGACGACUCAUCUUGACUACGAGACAGUCACGGCGUUGCGCGAGUCUUUGAGGGAUUGGGAGGGGGCCGUGAUUCUUGUUAGUCACGACCGUUGGUUUAUGCGGGGUGCGGUUGAAGGACUGAUAGAGGACUCGGAAAGCGAGGAGGAAGACGAGGACGAAGCUGUUUCCAGGAGACGUGCGGUUUACAGACUGAAAGCUGGAAAACUGACUGUUCUGGAGGGCGGCGUGACUCAAUUCGAAGAUGGAGUCUCCAAGAGAGUGACGAAGCUGCUGAGUACAUAG